UAGGUCUCGGACAUCACAACGGGCCUUGGAGUCGGGCGGGGCCAAGAAAUCAUUUGGGAAAAAGUCAGAGAGAAUGAAAAUACUUGAAGCGAGAUCUACCACUGGAUCAACCACCACACCCGAUGAUGAUCUGCUUGCAAAGGAAGAGCAUUACAAAAUUUUAAAUGCAGAACUAGAAGCUAAAACUGCAGAUUUAGUCAGACAGACCGAGCUUCUUAUGAAAGAACAAAAUGAAGUUUUGUCAAAGCCCUUGUCUACUCUCCAGCUCAGAGACCUUGAGGAUGAUGACGAUGAUGCCAGAAUAGUGGCACCAUUACAAGACAGUAGUCAGAAGCCUUAUGUUAAGGUGAAAACUAAGCAACAGACCAUUCUAAAAGCCAUUCAUACUGGAAAACAAUCCAAAGAUAAAACAAAAAGCCCUGAGAUGUCAUCUGUAAACUAUUUGGUUGCUUUGGAAGAAGCAGCUGAUUCAUUUUUAUCAAAGACAAUGCAAAACAUGGAAGAAAAGAUGGAUGAAGAACACAGUGUGAAGGCAGAUAUACCUUUUCCUGGAGAUACAGUGGCAUCUGAUACUCAAAUACGAGUGUUGAAGGCAAAACUACGGAUUAUGCAAGAAGAAUUGGAUCAUCUAACCAGUGAAUAUUAUAAGAAGGAUGAUGAAAAUAUUAGACUCAAUGCCAAAAUUAAAGAGCUUGAGGAGGACAGGGCUAGGCUACAGAAGUCAGAAAGUAUCCUGCAGACACAAAUUGAGAAGCACAAAGCUUUGGUUGAGACAUCUGCAAAAAAGUGUGAAGGACUGCAAUUGCAUGUAGCUGAGUUGAAUAAGGAAAUGGAAAAUCUUCAUAGAUCCAGCAAACAGGCUGCAGCUCUCCAUAACACUGUGGAGAUUCGCCUCAAUAGAGCUACGGAGGAAACACAAAAACUUAAGUGCGAACUCAGCAAGAUGAAACAGAUGAGCAAGGACAAAAUUGAUGAAGAACACCAAAGCAAAGUAAGCCUACUUGCAGAAAACAAAAACCUAAAAAAACAGAAAGCAGAACUCAUUGUGGGCUUCAAGAAACAGAUCAAACUAAUUGAUAUUCUCAAACGACAGAAGAUGCAUUUUGAGGCUGCCAAGCUUUUAUCCUUCACGGAAGAAGAAUUCUUGAAAGCACUUGAUUGGGGAGAGACAUAGUAUAUUUAAUAAAUGUUUAUUUUGUGUC